AUGUCUAACAAAUGGCUGCACAGGCAAGAUCUUCUCCGUCUCCGGGUCAAAGUUGGCCACGAGAACCUGGUUGGUGAGGUCAUCCGAAUUAACGGUGACCAAGCCACCAUCCAGGUCUACGAGGAGACCGCUGGUGUCACCGUCGGCGACCCUGUCCUGCGAACCGGAAAGCCCCUGUCCGUCGAGCUGGGCCCUGGCCUUCUGAACGGAAUCUACGAUGGUAUCCAGCGUCCUCUGGCCAAGAUUAGCGAGGAGUCCAAGUCCAUCUACAUUCCCCGCGGCAUCGCUCUGCCUGCGCUCGACCGCGAGAAGAAGUGGGACUUCACCCCGACCCUGAAGGUUGGCGAUCACAUCUCGGGCGGUGAUGUCUGGGGUACCGUCUUCGAGAACUCGUUCAUCAGCACCCACAGGAUUCUGUUCCCGCCUCGCGCCCGCGGUACCAUCACCAAGAUCGCCGGCAAGGGCAGCUACACCGUCGAUCAGAAGAUCCUCGAGGUCGAGUUUGACGGCAAGAAGACGGAGUACCCCAUGAUGCAGGUCUGGCCUGUGCGAGUGCCCCGUCCCUCGACCGAGAGGCUGUCUGCGACCGAGCCCUUCAUCGUCGGCCAGCGCGUGCUCGACGCCCUCUACCCCAGUGUGCUUGGUGGCACCGUCGCCAUUCCCGGCGCUUUCGGCUGCGGCAAGACGGUCAUUUCGCAGUCCGUCUCCAAGUUCUCCAACUCGGACGUCAUCGUCUACGUCGGAUGCGGUGAGCGUGGCAACGAGAUGGCUGAGGUCCUGAAGGAUUUCCCCGAGCUCACCAUUGAUGUCGACGGUCGCAAGGAGCCCAUCAUGAAGCGCACGACGCUCAUCGCCAACACCUCCAACAUGCCCGUCGCCGCCCGUGAGGCCUCCAUCUACACCGGAAUUACGGUCGCCGAGUACUUCCGUGACCAGGGUCUCGACGUCGCCAUGAUGGCUGACUCGUCCUCUCGAUGGGCCGAGGCUCUUCGUGAGAUUUCCGGCCGUCUCGGAGAGAUGCCCGCUGAUCAGGGUUUCCCCGCUUACCUCAGUGCCAAGCUCGCCUCUUUCUACGAGCGUGCCGGCCGUAUCCAGACGCUCGGCUCGCCCGACCGUCUCGGCAGUGUCAGCAUUGUCGGUGCCGUCAGCCCGCCCGGUGGUGAUUUCUCCGACCCCGUCACAAGUUCGACGCUCGGUAUCGUGCAAGUCUUCUGGGGUCUCGACAAGAAGCUCGCGCAGCGCAAGCACUUCCCCUCGAUCAACACGUCGCUCAGCUACUCCAAGUACACCAACGUCCUGGACAAGUGGUACGAGAAGGACUACCCUGAUUUCCCCCGCCUCCGUGACCGCAUCAAGCAGCUCCUUUCCGACUCGGAGGAGCUUGACCAGGUCGUGCAGCUGGUCGGCAAGAGCGCGCUGUCCGACCCCGACAAGAUCACGCUCGACAUGGCGUCGAUCAUCAAGGAAGACUUCCUCCAGCAGAACGGCUACUCAGACUACGACCAGUUCUGCCCGAUCUGGAAGACGGAAUGGAUGAUGAAGCUCAUGAUGGGCUUCCACGACGAGGCACAGAAGGCCAUCGCGCAGGGCCAGAGCUGGGCCAAGGUCCGCGACGCGACGGGCGAGCUGCAGAGCCAGCUGCGUCAGCUCAAGUUCGAGGUUCCCUCGGACGGCGAGGAGCAGAUUUGCAAGAAGGAGAUCAUGCUGACCCGCCGUAAUACGAGGGCAUCCACCAACAAUUUGCUGGACAAGUUUGCCUCGGUCAUGGACGAAUAA